AUGGUUUACAAUAUUCAUAUACAAACUAAUCGAACAAAUUUUUAUGUAGUUGAAGUAAAACAUCCAUUAUCUAACAAGGUUGAUAUAGACGAACCAUAUGAUAAAUUAAGCAAAAAAUUUAAUAGAUAUACACAUAUAAUUAAAUAUGAACAACGUACUUAUAAUGCAAAAGACUAUACUUUAUGUUUGGACAAUCCUAAUGCAUGGUUUUAUAGAAAAUUUUUUUAUCUUUAUGAACCUGAAAAACAAAUUAUAUCCGUUGACAUAUUUUUCCAAUCGAAUGAUGUAUAUAAAAAUUAUCCCUUGAUUGUUGGAUUCAAUGAAGUUGGAGGCACUAGUUAUUAUUACACUUACUAUUUUUUAAGAGGAAAAGGAAGUUCCACCGGUACUAUUAAUAAUCGUCGUUGGAUUGGAAAAGAUGAUUUAUUAACCAGAUUAAUUGAAGAACGAGGUCUACACGUUUCUGAAAGUUAUAAUAAAUUUGUUAUUAGAUUAGGUGAAAAACCAAAAAAUGCCAAACCUUUUCUAUAUCCUAAAUCUGGUCACAAUACAGAAAGGAUUACUGUUACAAAAGAAAAAGUAUCACAACUUGAUGACUUUGUGAAAUAUAAACACUCUAUAGAUAGGCGAAAUAAUGUGGAAGCAUUUUACAUUAGUUUUGACAAUAAUAGUUUAUAUAUGUUCGGGAAUCAUGCUCUCGGAAAACUUCAAUUUAUCGAUGCCUAUUAUAAGCAUAACGACAAAUUGUUUUUAAUUUAUUUUAAAUUUCAAAAGGGAGGUAAAUUAUAUACGUUUAGUGAUUUUUUAACUGAUCUAAAUAAAACGGAUCCCGUUAAAAAUAUAUCAAAAUUAAAGGAUUAUAAAGAUAAGGACAUAACAAAUAUAUUAAUACAUGAAAGCAAAAAAUUAGAUCAAUUAAUAACAUUUGAAAAGCGCGUUGAUAGUCACGAAAAUGAAAAUCUCUCAAAACAUGAUGGUAAACUUAGCGGAAAACGAAAAGAUAUACAAAUAUAUAUUUACAGGACAGGAGGUUCUUACACAAUUGGAGAUGCGCUGGUUCCUGUCCAAAUAGCUCAAGAGAAACCCUGGGACAAGUUGAGCAAGGCUUUCACGAAGUAUACACAUACCAUUAAGUAUCCAUAUAGAAGUAGCGUUUAUGAACCAUCAGAAUAUUAUAUCACCGUGUAUGGACAUUCAGGUAGUAUUAAUAAAUUUACUUACAAGGAGCCUAAAUCAAAGGUUCAUGACGUGGAAGUUUAUUUUUGGGCUGAUGAUGAUCCCAGUAGUAAGGAACCUUUGAUUGUUGGCUUCAUAAGCCGAAAUUGGAGAGAGAGAGAACUGGAUCUUGGGAGAUAUUCUAGUAAAGGGUGUAAAAGUAUUAGUGGUGAAGGUAGUAAAUGUUACUACACCUGGACUUAUUUAAAAGGUAGAGAAUUCAUCGGUGAUGUAGAUACUGAAAAUGCGAUUAUGGAAAAGGACUUAAUAAACGGGCUGUUAGAGGUUCUAGGAACUCGCGAACGUAGAUUAAAUAGAAAAAAUAAACUUGUCAUAAGGCUCGAUGAACAGCCGGUUGGUGGAGAAGGUAGAUCCGCAUACCCUGAGUCAAGAUAUUUCAAAGAUAGAAAUAAACAAGUUACAGUAACAAAAGUAACAAAUACUGGUGUUCUUACGGGUCUUACAGGAUAUGACAAAUAUGAACACACUGUUGAUAGUCGUGUUAGCGUUCAAGAUUUUUACGUUACUUACGGAAAUAAUAGUAUGUUUAUUAUGACUAAGUUAGGGUCAGGACGUGCUAGUUUAUCGAAUGUUACUUCGUAUUAUAAAAGUACUGGUAAUUUUAAAAACCUUGUUUUGAUUACGUUCACUUUUACAGGAAAAAGUGAAUUAUAUGUGUAUACAUAUUAUGAUUUGGUCACAAAUUUACAAGGAGUAAAAACCUGGUCCACUGAUGUUAAAAAAACAAUAAGGGAUACGGACGCUAUAAGUGGUAAGGGCUCAGAUUUGCAAGGUAAAUUACAGCAGGAAAGAGAAAAGUUAAAACCUUUAAUAACAUUUGAAAAGGGCGAUAAUCGUUCUAAAAAUAAAAAUAUUUCAACAAGGUCACAUAAUAUUGGCCGAGGAACGUUUAUAAAGGUUGUUAUGACAGCUAAUACAGAUGAUGGACCAGGUGGUAGCUCCGUUGGACCUUGGAACGUGUAUAAUAGCAAGUUGUUUACUCUUGGAGUUAAUACGAAAAUCGAUGAAAAAGUAUUAACCAGUAGAAGUAUUUUUACUACUGUUACUAGUGGUAGUAACAAAUACCAGUCCAUUAGUGUUUUUUAUACUUUAAAAGACAACAAGGCGCUUUUGGUCGAGUUUGAUAAGGGUGAUGGUAGUGGUGGUAUUAGUGGUACAAAAACAUAUUUUAAAAGAAAAGAUAAAAAGGGAAGCUUUGGGGCCAGUGAAACUAUAAAUACUAGUAAUACGGAACAAUUGGAAAGAAAGUUGACUGAAAUUGCAAAAGAAGCAAAGGUUAUAGAAGGUAGUAGUAGUAGUGCCACUGGACAUGGGCUGGGCGGUUCAACCGAUUUGGGUGCGGGUGCCAAGGGUGCGCCACUCAAAGCUUCUCCAAGUUCUUCACGAGCCACAUCUUUUUCGAGAUCUACAUUAACUCAAUCAAGACAAUCUGCCACAACUAAUUCGAGAACGUCUGGCCAUACUGAGUCAGGGUCAUCUGUUUCAACUGGCCAAGGACAUGAGUAUAAAGCCAAGUCUCCAAAAUCUCCAGCUCAAAAGGAUUCACAACCCGGUUUAUCUCCGCCUCAAAAUGGUCAAUAUAGCGCUCAAAAGGGUCAGGAUACGGGUCCACUUUUGACAUCAUUACCACCGACUCCCUCUAGAUCAGGGCCCGGAUCAAUAGUUACACAUUCACAUGGAGGACAAACUGAUCACAGAGGAGAGAUGGGAACUAGCUCACAAAACGCACUUACACAUGAGGGACCCUCGGAAGAAAGGGUUGAUCAAAACACUUAUUAUCAAGUUCAAAAUAGAUCUCCAGAUCUUCCUUCCCGAUCUAGUUCCGAUCUAAAACCUCUAUCAGCUGAUUCACAGAUAGGUUACCAACAAAUGGAUGAAGAUAGUGAUGAAUAUGACGACGAGAGUACUACUAAAACGGUUAAAAUUGCAGGUGGUGUUGCAACCACUGCAAUUGGAGCCGGCUCCAUUGGCGCUGGAGGUUAUUACGCCGAAGGAGUCCUUAGCCUUAUUAAGUGGCUCGUCUGA